ACUGAACGCGGACCGAGAAAUCACAGGGGAAACAGUGGCAUCAGCACCUCGCUCUAUCCAAAAGCUACCGCUCACACAAACAGGGAACUGAUGGUACCGCAGGCUCCUCAGCAACUACUUAGUCUUCAAAAAUCUAGGAACUAUGGCAACCUAGUGUUUGGAUACUGCUAACAACAGCUAAAGACAAAAGGGGAACAUGAACAUGACCAUGCAUGUGGACUACAAAGUCACUGCUGACAAUAACUUCAGUGCACAUCCAAAUGACACACAGGCAGUCGUCUCAGAUUGUCUGGAGGCAGCUUCAGAUAAUUAUUAUUUUAUCAGCCUCAUCCUCUCCAGCCUCUACACCAUAUUCCUGUUUCCUGUCGGUCUCGUUGGGAAUAUCCUUAUUAUAGUGGUCAACCUUAACCAUAGGGGCCGCAUGACACCUCCAGAUCGCUACUUUGUGAAUUUGGCCAUGGCCGACCUCUUUCUGGUAGCUGACUCUCUGAUUGAAGUGUUCAAUCUUAAGAAGGGCUACUACGACAAGGCUGGCCUCUGUACUUUCAUGAACCUCUUCCAACAGGCCAACAUGUACAGCAGCGUCUUCUUUCUGACCUGGAUGAGCCUCGACCGCUUCGUCGCACUGACCAACUCCAUCGGUCGCAGCAUACCACGCGCACGCCUCAGCUGCUGCCUCAUCUGGACGUCUUCGUCCCUGCUCACCUUGCUGCCUUUCGCUGUAGCUCAAGUGCAACACGCCGGAGAGCUCCAUUUCUGCUUCGCCAACGUGACUCAGAUUCAGUGGCUGGAGGUGAUGCUGGGAUUCUUGCUGCCCUUCUGCAUCCUGGGUGUGUGCUACUGGAGGAUAGCACGGGUGCUCAAGUGCAGCCACUGGGAGCUAAACAGCCCCCUGCAGAGGCCUCGCAGGCAGAAAGCCCUGCGACUCAUCUCAGCUGCUGUGGUCGUCUUCUUCCUCUGCUGGUUGCCAGAGAACAUGUUUACAAGUGUGCACCUCGUGAGGGGCGACACGAACGGGGGCACGCUGUGGCAGGAUUACCCCUUGACGGGCCACGCCGUCAGGCUGGCGGCUUUCUCCAACAGCUGCCUGAAUCCUCUCAUCUACGGCUUUCUCGGGGAGGCCUUUAGGAAAAAGCUGAGGCUUUUUCUCCAGGAUAAAAGCCGAUGGUCCAAGCUGAACAGGACCCCCUCGAGAAAGCCCAUAAACGAACCAGCAGCAAAGGAUGACAGUACGAGCAACUCAUCACAUUCAAACUGUGACAUCCCCUUGCCAACUGAUGCACCCACCUUGAAUAAACUGUAUAUACAUGUUCUCACCAAUCACACAUGAAAAACACACAUGCUGUGGGGUAAAGGCGCUAUUCAGUGCUAAAUAUCAAAGCAAGGAUCCUAACUUCUGUACAGAUCUGACUGUUUUUUAUGUAAAAUUGAGACACAUCAGUGUUAUUUAAAUGAAUGAUGCUAGCAUAAAAGUCUCUCUGGACUGAAUGACAGCAUGUCACUGUGCCAAAAAUUUUAAUUUAUUAACUGUCAAUUCAUUAGCUGUGUUAUUACAUGUUUGCCACGCUGCUCUAUGCUUUACCAUGAUUAUGUCACAAAAAAGAUUUUUUUCACAGUAAAACACUGUAAACUAGCUGACUACCUACAAAGAGCCAAAUAAAAUCUUUAAGUCACA